UAAACACUUAAAAAUAAACUAGAAUUAUAUACAAAAUUAAUACUUAUAACAUUUUCAAGAAGAUGGCUGUAACUGGAGCCAUAUCAGUACCACUUUGGAUUUCAACAUCAACAUCCACAAAAAUCACUGCUUUUAAUACCAAAUCCAGAAUUUCUUACCCUCUUAAACUUUCAAGAAAUGGUCUUUAUCCCUUAUCCACAUUUGACAGAAAUGGCCAAUAUGAACAACAUUUUACAAUUAAAGCUGCUUCUUCCUCUUCAGUUGGAAGUACAGAAUACGCAGAAGAACCAGCAACUAAGGUGAAAUUUCAAAGAUCAUUGAGCCUACCUGGUUGCUCCACUUCAUUGUCAUUGCUUGGAACUGGAUACAGGGAAAAGGUAUUUGCAAUUAUUGGUGUCAAAGUCUAUGCUGCAGGACUCUAUGUCAAUGACUCAGUCUUUAGUAGAUUAGAUGUCUGGCGAGGAUGUUCUUCUGCAGAAAUUCAGCCAGAAACUUCCUUGUUCAACAAUAUCUUUGAAGCCAAUCUGGAGAAAUCACUACGUAUUGUGCUGGUCAGAGAUAUUGACGGUAAAACUUUCUGGGAUGCCUUAGAUGAAGCCAUUUCUCCGAGAAUCAAAUCACCCACUACUGAUGAUAAAUCUGCUCUUUCCACGUUCCGUGGUGUCUUUCAAGGAAAACCUCUUAAGAAAGAAACUUCCAUAUUCUUGACUUGGAUUGACCCGACCAAAAUGCUCGUUUCACUCUCUUUUGAUGGGAUGCCUUCGUCGGUUGAUGCGACAAUUGAGUCUACAAAUGUUGCAUCAGCUCUCUUCGACGUAUUUUUUGGUGGUGAUCCAGUUUCUCCUACACUGAAAGCAUCAAUUGCCAAAGGAUUGGAAGAUGCACUCAAGUAAAGUCCGUAAUGAGUGAGCCUGUCUGAAUUAGCUGAUUGUAAAUAGCUAUAAACUUGAAAUGCUGAAAAAACAUUUUUAAUUGUUGAAUCUGAUUUUAUAGCAUGUUUGGAUAAGUCUUUUCAC